ACGUGAUGUACACGUACAACGUUGGAGGUGCCGCGUCCCAGGGGUUGUCACGCUUGCGGUCUGUGAGUGGGUCGCUGGUUUGUUUACUUUCUCCGGGGGGGCAACCAACCAAACAAGACCAACGACUUGUCCGACAUUCGAAGUCUCCUCACGAUUAUGAGGAAUCGUUCUGCUACCUACCCGAGCUUUUAUCAUCACCGGUUGGAACCCAUGAUACCAUCAUCGUCUCAUGUACGGAGUACUGACCGACAACUCCUUCUCAUCUCCACGUAACGGCCCGUCUUUCCACCAUGACCGCCGAAAACGAGAACCUACGGACGGCAUCCCUCUACAUCAACAAUCAGCUAUUGUCUAGAGGUCUCCUUCGCGAUGGCCAAACUAUUGAUUUUGCGAAUCCGGAGACGAAUGAAGGGGGAACCGAGACUACCAUGGGUCGCAUCAUGAACAUCGUCAACGACCUCAUCCUCCGCCGAGACCGCGACGCCGAACAACGCGAGUCUCUCUCCGCGACCUUACGUGCCCUUCGCGCCGAAAACCUGCGAUACGCCAACGAUAUCAGCCGCCUGACCGAGAAGCACGCUGAAGCCAGGCGCAAGCUCGAAAUCGCCGAGGCCUCCGAAUCAGCCCUGCGCAGCCAGCUGAAGAGCGCCGACGCCGCUGUGCGCGGUCUCAAGGAGGAGACGGCGCGCGCGAAAACCCUUGUCGCCCAGACUCGCGCCUCAUGCGCCACCGAGGUGCGCCGCCGUGACCGCCAGAUCGACGGCCUCAAGAAGCAGCUCGGCGAGGCCGGUCGCGCUCGCGGGGCCGCCAAGAACCCCACAGUUACUGUCAUCAACGUUGUUGCCGACGUUGGCCAGGAGGGGAUCUCCCAUACACGCGCCGGCGCCGGGGCUACCGCUGAGCAAAGCUACGAUCUGCGCAGCGAGACGAACGAGUUCCUGACCGAACUCGCCAAGAACCUCGGCGAGGAAAACGAGGCGCUGCUCGCAGUGGUGCGGAGGACGCUCGCUAAGCUCAGGGAAAUGGGCGGCUGGCAGGAAGGCCACGCCGUCGGUCAAGGGGACGGCCAUGCGCUCACGCUACAGAGGAAUUGCGCCGAGUUGGAGAGCGAGAUGGAGGCCAUCCUCGAGCAGAUUCGGACCAUUCUCACGAACCCAUCGUUCGUCCCGAUCGAGGAAGUCGAAGUCCGAGAAGAGGAGAUCAAUAAACUACGCGAUGGAUGGGUCAAGAUGGAAACCCGCUGGCAAGAGGCCGUGCAUCUCAUCGACGGCUGGCGCAAACGCAUGGCUGCCAACGGCAGGGGUGUGAACAUGGAGGAGCUCAACAUGAGCCUCCGCCUCAGCCCCGUUAAGGUGCGCGACGUCGAGGAAACGAACCGAGCCGCAGCUCUCCGCCUGUCUUGUGUCGAGGAGGAGCGGACCGAAGAUCUUGAAAAAGCUAUGCGGUCGUGGCCCUGCCGUGGCGCAGGUGGGACCGGCAACGAAAACGAAAACGAAAACGACGACGAGUCUCUCCAGCUUGAGCCGGCGCGGGAAUACGACGUGGAGGUUCCGGGGGAUGACAGCGAGUCCAGUAUAUACCAAGAUGACGAUGAGCUGGACGAUUUGGAGCAUCUGGACGACCUGGACAGAUGCGAGCCCAACGUUGAGAUUCUUCAACAAUCGACCGCGUACCUCAGUUCUCCCCCCUUACCCCUUCCCCCUCAACUAAGCCCGCUCAAGGACUCGUCGUCGGCGGGCAAUCGUCGUACCCACGAUAUGGGGCGCAAACAAAGCAAACCCACCGGCCACUUCACCACCAUCGCCGAGGAGAAUAUUUGGGACCUCGCAAACGACGACAUCUCCUCAGAGCUACCAUCUCAUCGCACCCAGCUGCCCCGGUCACCACAGAAGAUAGACAGAGCCCCCUCUUGUGAGCCAGAAGAACAACCGCGGAUCGUCUCGGCCGCUACAGAUUCCUCGCUCGACGAAAUUCUUCUCGUUCGGCCUCCCUCACCCUCCGGGCCGCCAUCCCCGUCUCCUGCACCAAGACAACGCCCUCCCCGCAAUAUAGAAACCAAGAGCGUCGGGAAAGCAAAAUGCAAGAAAGCUGAAUUCGCAGACAACGUUCAACCGCCAUCAAGCGGGUACCCUAUCAACAGAAGGCGCGACCCUUCGACCGAGGAACGCCGUGUCGCGAAUACCACAACUACCGACAACGACGUUCCCCCACCCCCGGCAGCUCCCGGCACGGCUCAACAACAAACACCCAGCACCCGGCCCGUUUCCUCUUCUCGCCUUCCCCUGCCACGUCCCACCAAUCCUCCUCCCCAACAAAGCCCUCUCACCAUGGCCACCAUAGCCGCCAAACUGGCCGCAUCGGAGCGCGAAGCCGACGCGGCGCGGGUGCGCGCAAAGCUCAAGGCGGCCCGGGGGGUGCGCGGCAAAGCGACAACAGCAACAACAACAACAACUGCAACAACUGCAACAACAACACCCAGCACCAACUCCGCGGCGCCGCAACCUACCAAGACCGAAGAACCCCAGCGGGUUCCGCUGUUCUCUUCGGCAGGGGACGCCCAGGAAGACGUGGACCCCGUGAAGCGGUCGCUUCCGGAAGCCCGACAUUCGGGGGCGGUAGGAGAUGGGUCGAGACGACAAGAGGAGCAACAGCAGCAGCAGCAGCAAGUAGUGGAGGGGCAAGGGAACCAAGGGCAGCAGACGCUGCCGAAACAGCGCAAGCGCGAGAAAUGCGUCAACAAAACCGCUUCACGGCGGAGGAGCACACUCAGCCCGUGGGAGAUGCAGAGUUUGAUUUCGGGAGACGUCCCUGUCCCUGUCCCUGUCGCGUCACCUGCACCGUAGUAAUGAAGAUUAUUUUCGCCUCCUUUCAUUUUUCUUCUUCUCAAACGAAAACCCAAAUGAACAAUGGCAGUCAGAUUGUUCAACAACCAAGCGGAUGGAUAGGAUGGGACGUGUCUUUUUUCUAGGUUACAAGCAACAUGCCCGGUUAAUGCAACGAUAGAGCAGUUUCAUGGUUUCUUCUCAGAUUCGCGAGGGAUGCUAUUAUCCGAUCCCAUGUCACGGAGCAUCAAGCCAGAGGAAGCUGGCAAGUAUCUCUCACCAGACCAGAUGGCAAUCUUGAGCAUCCGGCUGGUUGUGGAACAUGGUAGAACGGCAGGACAGCCUUUUGGGACCCGAAGCCUUGAGGGUUUGCUGCCGUUCGACCUUGCCCUUGUUG